AUUGUUCCACAUGCGUAGAAUACGUGUUCUUGGUUGUCAAUGAAAACAAAACUACACAACAUAAACAAAGCCGACGGUACUGGUGUGUAAAGCCGCGCUGCGUCCUCUGCCAAUGAAAUGGCCAUGUUUGGUGGUGUAAAUGGCGAAUUGCGACGACUCUGACGAGUCGAAUCGGUACGAGAACGAGGUCUUGAAAGUUAUUCGCGAGGACAAUCUGCUUUUUACCGGCCGAGAGUGGACGCCGCUUUCUGCACUCCUGAGAAUUCAGAUUGAAAGGAUUCGGAGACGGGACUUUGUUGUAAACUACGAGGAUCCAGAGAACAAGUCCGAACAAUUUGUGGCACCCGUCACUGCCACAAAGGAAGAAACACAAUCUUCCGGUCAAGCAACCCUUAUCGACGAGAUAUUGUUAGGUCUAAAACGGCAGUUAACGGGGCUGAUCAUGGAGUUUGAAGAGGUUGUAGGGAAGUUCCGAGACCGCCAGAGGGCACUUAAUGCACAGAUGAGGCAGGAGCGAGAGACGAGAAGGGUAAAAGAGGAUGAACUGGCGGCGCAGCUCUCGGACCUGGACCAAAAUAUUGUGGUUCUGAAGGACGCCCUGCUGCCGACCCUGAGUCAGGGGGACGCCUCCACCAUGUCCCACCUGCAGGACCAGGUCACGCAGGCGCAGCGGUCCGCACGGAGACUGGUCAGCACGGCGGAACAGGCUGCCGAGGCAGGCUUAGAACUCUCGGAGGGCGCCACCUUACGAGAAGGAAUAGUAGUGCUUCACAACUCAGUUCAGAAGCUGGGACAGGCACUGAGCGAGUUUGGGUAG